CUUUCUUGGGAUCCUCGAGUUGGAACACCAACAACGCAGCCAGAAUAUUGAGAUAGCAUGCCUCGAAUUGUGACAACGUCGCUCGGCUGUUGUAUCAGCCUGAAGCGCGAUGUUCCCCCUCUCAGGCGAAAUCUGUCGACAAACCUCAUCAAGCAUUCCAGGGAGGGCAAAGAACCAUAUCAAUACUAUUGGACAACAUAUUUCCCGGCGCACGAUCCUAUCUCAUAUCCAACGCUCAUCCCGGAGGACCAUCCGACUGCUCCUCUGCACAACUUGAUGGCAAGAUGGCAUUCUACCAAACACGACUACGUUUCCAAAGACUGGAGAUCGGCCGUCAAGCGAAAGACGGAGCCGACCGUACCGCCUCUACCUUCUGAUGAAGAGAAUCAAGCCGUCUUUGAUGCGAUCCGGAAGAAACGUACAGCUGCGCUGAAGCUGUAUCGCAAGCUCGAACGUUCCGAGGUGGAGUAUUACCUACGAGGACUCAAGCAUUCUCCACUUCGCGUGUUGAAAAGACCCGGUUCACCAGCUCGGCCAGCAGUGACGGGCAAGCUGGCUCGGCUUCUGGAGCAACCCGAGUAUCGACAUCGUUGGUAUCUCCGAGAGCCGCAAAAGAACGUAACAGGGUCGAUGAUCGUGCCCGAGACGUCGUCGACCACGGAGCAAGCCGAAGAUAGGGUGUUGCAAUUGGUCAAGGAUUACCGAUUCGACAAGCUAGACAUCGCAUCAAACUUUAUCCGAUUGGCUUGUCGAGUGAUGAAACUGCACGAUCACCAUCCUCAAUUGCUCAUGCAGUUCCUUCCCGAGGCCAGGAUGUUUGAAGUCAAGAUUUCCACCUGGACCCACACCCCGAGAAAGUUACCAGAGCCCGACACCGUCCACGCUCCUCUCGAUCCCCUUACCUUUGACACCGACUUCGACCGGGUCACGCAGGUCAACCAGUACAAACACACCGUCCUCUCGGACGAUCAACCGAAGAUCAAGAAGACCGUCCCGGCUACACCGGGCUUGACGAGGAAGGAUUUCUUGCUUGCCUGGGAGCUGGAUGCGGCGGAGAACGAGGCGAGGAUGAGGACGAGUACGCUCAAGCAUCGCAACGAAAAGUGGAAGGCCAAGGUGGCAGGAAGGACGGCAAAGGCAGGAGAUCUCGCUGAUACGCUCAGCGCGAUUGCGAAGAUAGGAGAUUCGUGACCCGAACUUGUCACAAGGCGCUACCCGAGACUGGCGCCGGCACGUGCAUAUCAUACUACGCUACUAGGAAAUGUAGAACCCAGACAUCGGAUACGAACACCGAUCUUCGGACGAUAUUCAUGCAUGUGUAUAUGUGUGUGUAUGACGGUCAGUCAGAACAUCUAGAGGUACGAUGCCUCUUUCG